UGAGAAUCCGUAUACCGUCAGCAUAGUUAAAACCCUGUGGCUAAAAAUCGCGCACGCUAGGCUGGAUCUACUGCCUAAGGACGUACAAGGUAAAUCUAUUCGACAAGAUAUUCGGUACGGUAGCUCUACAGCUGCAACUGGCAUAACCAGCCCCUCCUCGCGCUGGUGUCGUGAAGUCACGCCGGUCACGCUGAUGCCAAUGGGGAAACUGCCUUGCCUACUGCUGGAUCGAAGUCGGAGUACCUGACAUUUUCCAGUGCCAACCGUAUGCCAUCUAGGAAUAUACAGCCUGGGUAGCCUAUGCUUCGUUCAAGACCGAUGUUUUGAAGAGUAUGUACCAGUCAUGGUUUAAAAUAUGAAGUGCUCUCAUAAAAUAGCUUUAGUGUAGCCUUUUCGAGGUGUUCGACAAUGACGUCGUAUCUGUUUGUGCUGGUGUUGUAUGGUGGGACACUGUUACAGGUGACAGAUGUAAUUAUUCAGUUAUGUGGGCUCCUGAGGUCAUCCCGAUGUUCCUGAUUGUUACUGUCGUUGUCGUCGGCGUCAUUUUCAUCGGUCUCAUUGUCUUCUGCUGUGUGUGCCCCUGCUGCUGCCUCUAUCAGAUGUGUCGGAAGCCCCGCCCGGUGGUGACUUCUAAUACUCAUACAACGGUGGUGGUCAACAACCCAGUCGCGCCCCAGGCACAGCGCCCUGCCCCUGUCCCUGCCCAGCAGUAUCCAGGGUACCAACCCGUGCCUAUGCAGCCCUGGUCUGGAGCUCCUGCUGGGUACGGGGGGCACCCUGUGCCAUCUGCACCCAUGCUGGAGCACCCCUACGGGCCUGGACCCCCACCCCCCUACCAGGAGAGUGCUGUCACAGGAGGUCCUGUAAACCACAACCAGAAAGCUUUCACACCAGGUCCACCAUCUUACUGCUAAAUGCUCACCUUUCUGUCAAGACACUGACAGAAACUAUUCAUCAAUACCUAGGGCUCUUAUUACAAAAAAGUUCCAAGAUGGUUACUCAGUUUUCAGUUACAGAAAGUACUUCAGUUACGGAAUGGAGUGUAUUUUCAAAGAUAAUGGUCAUAUUGGUCAUAUUGUUCAGAAUCACUUCAUGAUUCAGUAAUGGCUGUAUGGAAUUACAGAUAAACUGGACACUGUUUGAAGCAAUUAUGUGAUGUUUUGCUAUAUUUUAGCAUUUAACAACCAGCAACGAGGAGGGAAGAGGAACACUUAUGAUGAGCACUAAUUUUAUUAAUGUGAAAAUGAUUGUGGGUUUGGCUAAUGUAUCUAGCUCUCUCCUGAAAUGAUUUUAAAAAAUGUCAUGUGGAAUGUAAUUUCUCAGUAAUGUGUUCAAAAAUGUGUGGGUUGAUCUGUGAAAAAUGUGUAUGUUUUUUAAUCGUUGUAUUGCUUUAUGGUGUUCUGGGCUGUGAAGAUUGUUGCUUAUUAUAUUAUUUGUUUGAAUACCCUUUAUAUUCUGUGACUCUUUAUCCUGUGUUGAAGAAUUUGGUUCCAAAGCAGUAUAUCCUCCAUUUUAAUGAAUUUUCAAAAAUCCUUGUUUUUAUUAUUAUUGUUUUUUGUUUUCCAGGUAAUAUAUUUGGAACUAUUGAGUUGUUUUUACUCAAUCAAAAUAACACAACAGCAAUUUUAUUGAUAUUACCUGAAAUAAACGAUUAAAUAACAUGACCUAUAUUAAUAUUCCUAAAAAUGGAGAUGUUGCAUUUGGAACCAAACUCUUAAUUUAAUCACCCUUUAAUUCUAUGCAUCUUUAAGUGCCAAAAGGAAUGUGCUUUUGAACCCAGACUCUUGCAGGGAUGUGGGUUACAUGACGUUUGUGACGUUUGCUGUGAGCACCCUGAGGAAUAAAAAUAUGUGUAUCCAGGUCUCUCUCGCUGUUGCCAAUAAAAUCUGUGAAGAAAAAAAUAGGCAGUCUUGUAGUUUUAAUUGUCGUGUGAACCCAUAUUAUUUGACAGUUUUGAUUGUGUUUAAAUAUAUAGUUUGUAUAUGUGAAAUCUGGUAACUACACACCCAUCGGCCACAUAUGUUUUGUUAAAUAGAGCAUUGAAUCUUAUUUCCAUGUUACUUCUUACUACAAUCUAUAGUCACAUUUUCAAAAUAUAUAAACAGUAAGAACAACAUUCAUCUGGCGUUGCUUAAAUUUUUUUCACAAAGAUUAACCAAUACCCAAAAGAUUGUGGGUUUUCAUUGUCAUAUACUUGCACACAGCAUGUCAGAAACGAAAGCCUAGUUUGAAAUCUUAUAUAUAAAUAUAAAGCCCCUACUUCUGCAACAACAGCAGUUCAAAAGCUAUGAUAGACCUUUUAAGCACAGCUGAAUGAGCUGAUCAUUGAAACAUUGAUAGGCCUAUAGCUAUACUCCAAGUUGUGUAAAAUUGGUAGACCAAGCACAACCCUUGACCAGCCACAACGUAUUCAUAUUUCAAUUCUAUACACAGUAAAAAAGAGGGUCUGUUUACUGCAUUUGUAUUUUGUUUACACAUAAGCCAUAUAUGUUUGAAAUUGUGUUGACCAGCAUUUCAUGUUGCCAAUAAAGCUUUUGUUGCAGCAA